CUCUCUAUUGAUUCUCAAUUCGUCUUUUUCUGUUUGUAUGAUUUCAUUGAGUGGCUUUCAUUUCCUCUUUUCUUACUUCCUCUUCUGGGUCUGAAAAAUCUCUUCUCUUCUCAACUGGGUUUCCUUCCAAAUUCCAAUCGAUGAAAACAGGUAAUCUCUAUGAAAAAGUUUUUGAAUUUUGAUUAUAGUAAGGCAGAGAACUAACUAAGAUCAUGAGCAUAUCUUUUUACUCAUUGAAUAAUAACCCAGUAAAGAUAUGGGGUCAUUUAGAUAGACAAAUUAAUAAUAGAAAUGUUAGACCUGUUCAUGAUCAUGGAAAUUCAAUUGGGAUAAUUGGAGGUGCUUCUUUUACUUCAACAUUGAGUUUCUUAAAGAAACUAGGUGAAUUAAGUGAUGAUGGAAAUGGUUUGCCAUUUGUUCUUUCAUCCGAUCCUUUACUUAGUAAGGAAUUGUUAGCUUUGGAGAGGAAUUCAUCGUUUGUGAGAAGAGGAGAAGAUCAUCAGGCCAUGGUUCUUGAAACAUUGAGACAGAAAAGGGUGUUUUUGGAGAAAUCAGGUGUUUGUUGCAUUGUAAUGCCUUGUCAUGUAUCGAAUUCUUGGCAUGAAAAUGUGUCGGUCGGAUGUUCGGUUCCUUUUCUUAAUAUGGGUGAGUGUGUGGCCAUGGAGUUAAAGGCAGCCGAACUUAAACCACUUGAAGCUGGUCAUCCUCUUAAAAUUGGAUUACUUGGAACAGAUUCAACAUUAAGACUUGGAGUUUAUCAGGACAAACUUCAAAAACAAGGGUUUGAGGUUGUCCUCCCUGAUAAAGCAACCACAGAGCGCAUAAUGAUUCCAGCUCUUGAGGCGUUAAGAAGAAACGAUAUGGAGGGAGCGCAAAAUUUGUUGAGAAUAGCAUUGAGAGUUCUUCUGGUUAGAGCGGUUAGUAUGGUUGUUCUAGCUUCGGAUGAUAUUCGCGAGCUUUUGCCCGGAGAUGAUCCUCUCCUUAAGAAAUGCGUUGACCCCAUGGAGUCGCUGGCUAGGGCAACGAUGAAAUGGGCAAACUCGGCCGGUGUUGAGAGCUUAUGAAGAAGUGAAUCAAUUCAUGUGGUGGUGAUUAUAUUAUUAUGAGUUUCGAUCAAUAUAUGUACAAAAAUAUAUAUAUCUUCAUAGAUAUUGGUUGUGUAGUAUUCAUAAACAACUAUUACUAAUAUUUAGUGAAAACGUAUU